AUGGUGAAGAUUAUGCUGGAAAAAGAUACUACGUAUGGUCAUGUUCUUGGAGCCGAUGAUGUCGAUAAGUUUCAGGUCGUUUUCGUUUGUUUGCGGGUGUGCGCUAAACCGUCCAAUCACCGGCUCGUGUUUCUCAUCAUCGGUACUUCCGAGAUGAGAGCUAAACAUAUUUAUCUUCAACCAAAUCUUCUCUGCUCAAAUGUUCUGCCGACAGCCGGACACGGAAGACUUAUCGAGCCGCCCAGUCGUGCCUCUGCCUGGCGGUACGGAUUCUCCACCCCACCGAACUACAACGAUCACGAGCUGUACUGCGGUGGCUUCAACCGGCAGUGGCAGAAAAAUGACGGCAAAUGCGGCGUGUGCGGUGAUGCCUUCGAUGCACCAAAGCCUCGGCCGCAUGAGUACGGCGGUAAAUGGGGUCAGGGCGUGGUGGUUAGACGAUAUCGGCCGGAAUCGAUCAUCACGCUGCGCGUUGAGCUGACGGCAAGUCAUAUGGGCUAUUUCGAGUUUCGAAUUUGCGAUAGCGUAAAAGCCCAACAGGACUGUCUGGAUAAACACGUACUUAAAAUAAUCAGUGGUACUCCGAAUGUUCCUAAUCCGAGCGAUCUGGGAACCCGAUUCUAUCCUCGCAAUGGUAGUCGAAUUUACGAUAUGAAAGCCGAGCUUCCACAAGGCUUCCAAUGUACAAAUUGUGUAAUUCAAUGGAAAUAUAUAGCCGGCAACAACUGGGGUGUUUGCCCGGACGGAAACGGAGCGGUUGGUUGCGGACCGCAGGAGGAAUUCCGAGCCUGUGCCGACGUGUCGAUCGGGGACGGCAGCGACAGCGGCAAUCGCAUUCCACUGCGACCUGGUCAGCGGCCAACUCCAACACGAGUGCCAUCCGUCCAUCCGGAACAAGGCCCAUCCAGCACCAACGAAACGGACACCGAAGAGCAGAUGCCACAGGGCGUCAAGUAUAUGGGACCGUUGGUUGCCAUUUUCUCGCUUUUUCUGGUCCUAUGUGGAUUUGCUGCGCUCUAUAUUUAUCACUAUCAUGGGUCUCGGAUAAAGGCACUGAUGCGCUGGAAUCGGGACAAAAAUCAGAAAAUUCCUCACCAUGCGGAAACGAGCAUACCCAGCAUGGAGAAACCGCCUGUUCCACCGCCCAGAACCAAACGUAUCUCGCAACAAAUCCGCGACAUCGAGGCUGAAGAGUCCAGUGUACUGAACGGAAGUGUCAAAAGCUCGCCGCUGACGUCCCAACUAACAACGCUGAGUCGUGAUAGCAGCAAGCAUUAG